AUGGAUCUCAUCAACAAUUUCUUGAAUCUAGUAAUCCACCGUAUUUCUCAAACUGCCUUCUCCUUCAUUUUCCCCCUUUAUUUGUUCUUCAAGUUCCUUUUAUUCCUAAUAAGGUCCAUUUUCCCCGAACAUGUCGCCGGAAAAGUCGUUCUCAUCACCGGAGCUUCCUCAGGCAUCGGGGAGCAUCUGGCGUACGAGUACGCUGAAAGAGGAGCUUAUUUGGCGUUGGUUGCCAGAAGGGAAAACCGUCUCCGGGAAGUUGCUGACGUGGCAGAGAUUUUAGGCUCACCUUUUGCUCUCGUCAUCCAUGCCGACGUGUCAAACGUUGAUGAUUGCAAACGGUGUGUUCAUACAACUGUCGCUCACUUCGGACGUUUGGAUCACUUGGUUAACAACGCCGGGAUAACCAGCAUCAACUUGUUCGAAGAAUAUGACGACCCAAGAAAUAUUGCAUCAGUAAUGGACACUGACUUCUGGGGAACAGUUUACUGCACUUAUUACGCCAUUCCAUACCUCAAACAAAGCAGAGGCAAAAUCAUCGGAAUUGCUUCCUCCGCCGCAUGGCUACCCACUCCCCGCCUGAGCUUCUACACUGCAAGCAAAGCAGCAAUGAUAAGUUUCUACGAGACAUUGAGAGUUGAAAUUGGGAGAGAGAUCAAAAUUACCGUUGUGACGCCGGGGUUGAUAGAAUCGGAGAUGACGCAGGGGAAAUUCAUGUUCGAAGACGGUAAGAUGUACCUGGAUCAAGAGUUGAGGGACUCGGUAAUGAGCGUGAUGCCGAUUGAGCCGGUGGGCAGUGCUGCGGAAGCGAUAGUGAGGGGUUGUUGUAGGGGAGAUGAGUACGUGACGGAACCACUGUGGAUGAGGAUGACGUUUUAUUGGAGGUGGUUGUUGCCGGAGGUGGUGGAGUGGUUGAGUUACUUGUUUAUAAUGACGGGAAAUUCACCGAGGGACAGUUUUGGGAAAAGGCUACUUGAGUUUACUGGAUUGAAGCCCUUUAUUUAUCCAGCAUUGGUUCGAUCCUCGGAAUUGGGAUAUGAAUAG